UCACAAUUCGGCUCGGCAAGUUUCGUUUAUCGGUGUCGGUGUUUCGUUUCGUUUUACAGAUUGUAUUAUCCAUCAUUUGGUGUUGUUAUUAUUAAAAGUAGUUAAAAAUGACGGACAAAUAUAAUUCAAACGGCGAGGACUAUUAUGGCGACAAAAGAAAAGGUGGAGAAGAGUCGAUUAAAAGAGAUUCUGAGGCUGCUGGCGACAACGAAGAAAACACAUCAAGCCAAAGAGCAAGCGAAUAUGUCAAAGAAUUGUUAGCGGAAAAGCUAUCGAUUGAUCAACAUAAGCUACCUAAUGCCGUUAGGUUAUUAGAACAAGAGGUCACCAAGACACAAUCGAUAGGCCGAGCUCCCGUGAGAGACAUAAAAUAUGUUGAUAUUUACAGGGAAAAACCGAUCAAAGUUACUGUUAAGGUAUUAGUACCUGUUCGGGAAUACCCUAAGUUUAAUUUUGUUGGAAAACUUUUGGGACCGAAAGGAAAUUCUAUGAAACGGCUCCAGGAAGAAACCAUGUGCAAGAUGGCCGUUUUAGGAAGAGGAUCAAUGAAAGAUAGAGCUAAAGAGGAUGAGUUGAGAAAUUCUCUUGAUCCCAAAUACAGCCAUUUGAUGGACGAUCUUCAUGUAGAAAUCUCAGCUCUUGGUCCUCCAGCUGAGGCUCAUGCAAGGGUAGCUUUUGCUCUGGCAGAGGUCAGAAAAUAUCUUAUACCAGAUAGCAACGAUAAUAUUCGGCAAGAGCAAUUGAGAGAGAUGGAAUUAUUUUCCGAUAGAGAAAUGAUACCCGAGCCACGAAGACCUCCUCCACCUCAUCACAUAAGACCAUCUAAUCCGAUAUCCCGAGGACCACCUCCACCUCAUGCAAUGCGUACAGCAACCAGAGCCCCAGUUCACACGCCGAGAGUAAUGCCAGCCAAGACUAAAAUAAUGUCUAUAUUAGAUAGAGCUCGUGUAGCCAUGGAGGAAAGUUAUGGAUACGAAGAUGAUUAUGGAGCCACGUCACCCCCUCGUUACGGUAACAUGUAUGCUCCAAAAGUUAACGAUUACACAUCAGGGUACUAUGAAGAUUAUGAAACUGAUUACUACAAAGAUAAUGGUUCUCCGAGUUUUGACUAUCACCGGCGAGGUUUCUCACAUCAAUCAGGACCACGUAGACAACAAAAUUCCAAACAAUCCAACCAUUACAAUUCAUCUCCUUCGAAGAAGGUGGGCUAGAAUUAAUGUGACACGGUAGAUGGAGAUACCUAAAGACUUUAACCAAUCGGGUGCAGGAUGAGUGUGACCAGGACCGGGUUGCCAUUUAGAUGGUAGACAUUACUAAUUAUUUAUAGACGUUUGAAGGUGAGCGGUGUGUACGCUGGUCGAGACACUUCGAAAGAAAGAAUUGUUUAAUAUGUUAAUUUUUUAUACAAUACGUUCAGUUUUCGAUUAGAUAUAGGCAACUGAAAGAAGUGCUAAAAGCGGCAACAUUGCAUAGUCGACUAUCGUUGUUUAAUCGCCGAAUGACGACGGAGCGACGGAGUUACAAUCGGCGAGAUUCAGGCGCAUUAGCGUAGGAAGUGGGGACCAUCUGGCACUCGACGGCUAACAGUGUUGCCAUUUAUAGGCCAUAUAACUAAUUUAAAACUAAACAUGCUGUAUAAGUACCUAAUAAUAAAAUUGUUGAAUUGUAUUAUAUUGUAUUAUAAUAGAUGCCACAGUGUCAAUAUGUUAUAAGUGUUAUUUAGAUUAUGUUAUAAGUGUAUAAAUAAAAUUAACAAUAAAUAAUUAAUAUUUGAAAUAUAAAAUCUAUUAAAUAAUGAUUCUAUUUAUAAUAGUAAACAUAUUUACAAUAUAGGUGAUUUUCGAAUUUUGUGAUGGUCAAAGAUGUCUAAUUUUCGAAAAAUUAUAUAUAUAAAAUUAUUUAUUAAUUAACUAAUUAUUUAAUUUAAAAAAAUUAUAUUUAUAAUAACAAACAAUAUUUACAAUAUAGGUGCUUUUCGAGUUCCUCUCUUCAAAAUUAUCAGUCGUGUCACUAGUUGGCACAGGGAAAUCAUCAACAAAUCUCACAGGCUUCUUACGCCGUUUUUCUUUACUUUACGUAAAUUCUGGAUUUAUUCAAUAGUUGCUGGCAGCUAAUUUAGAUUCUUCAACAAUGAAAGACCAUGCAUUUCUGAUUUUUUACCCAUACGUAAUAUGACUGCACUAUAUCUGACUGGUAUUUAACCUAUGUAUAUAUCUAUAUUUUAAUUGAGUGGCUCACAGAGCAUUCUGUCUAUAUAAUAGAUAUUGUAUAACUGCCAUUUUACGAAAUAAUCUACCUUUUAUGUGUGGUAGCUUGUUGCUUUUAAACUCUAAAUGGAAUCUCAAAUUUGAUUCUGACUUGGAGAUCUGAAUACUUAAGGUUGGAACCCUUUUUAUAUCUUCCAAGUGUCUAAUAUUACUAUAACUUAAAUCAACAGAUAGAAACCUACCUUAAAAAUUUGGCUUUUGGAUCAAUUAGCAUACUUUUCAUGUUUUCCCUAAUAGACCAGGGCGGAUCUGUAAAAAUAUUAGUACAUUUGGACGUUGAGAGGUGACUCAAAUUUUUUUGCAGAAAUUGCUUGAAAAUAACUCAAAUAAUAAUAUUUGAGUUAUCUUCCUCUCAAAAAGGUCCGGAACAUUGUUUAAAUAAACAAAAUGUCAAAAAAUUAAGGAAAAAUUCGAUUUUUUUCUUGGUUUUUUGAUUAUAACUUUAAAAGUAUUCAUUUCCGAGAAAAGUUGUACUGACAUAAAAGUUGCGUAAUUAAAUUUCCUAUAAUAUAGAAUUAGUUAAAAAUUUAAGAAAUACUCACAAUUGUUGCAAAAUAGCAAUAAUUUUGAAAAAAACAUACAAAAACAAGUAUUCGCAUUUUACGUUUUUCAACCAUUUAUGCUACACUUAGGACCUUCAUAAAUUUUAUGAUACAGUAAAACAAUACUGUAAAUUUCAUUAAGAUCGGUUCAAUAGAUUUUGCAAAAUAAAUUUUGCAAUCCAGCUUUCGUAAAAAAAAUUCAUUUUUUCAAAAUAUUACAGGACUGAAAAUAAAGCAGAUAGCAAGUUGAAAAUUUUUUUGCACAUAGAAGUGUACUGUACCAUUCAUUUGCAAUUUUGCAAAAUUAAAAUCGCUUAACACCACGGCGUCAGGAUUUUUUUUAAAUAAGCAUUAAUUAUUGGUGCUACGCGCAGGACAGCGGAUAGGUUGCUCUGAUUGGGCAUUUCAAUGACCUUUUAUAAUGAUUGAUACAUUUUAAUUUUUAUGACAUUUUGAUAUAAAUAAAUAAAUUUGUUUAUUGCAAAAUAAAAACACAUACUCUAUACUUUGAAAUAACACUUUUAUUAGCAAAAACUUUCUUUGUUCAUAUAUUUUAACUUAAAUAAUAAAAGUUUAUUAUUUUUAAACAUAUUUAAUUGUUUAAACAAUAUUUCACAAACAAUAAUAAAAUUAGUUUGAUUUUUGUGGAAUUAAAAUAUUAAAAUACAACAAAAUAUAGAGUAAGAAAGUAAUAUAUUAGAUAAAGAUUAGAAGAAAUUUUGGUGGAAAUCAACCUGUGUGAAUCGAACACAGUUGUCCUGCGCGUAGCACCAAAAAUUAUUGUUUAUUUCAAAAAUUUUCUGACGCCGUGGUAAUUAAUCGAUUUUAAUUUUGAAAAUUGCAAAUGAAAGGUAGAGUACAUUUCUAUAAGCAAAAAAAAAUCAACUUGCUAUCUGCUUUAUUUUCAGUCCUGUAACAUUUUGAAAAAAUGAAUUUUUUUUGCGAAAGCUGGAUUGCAAAAUUUAUUUUGCAAAAUCUAUUGAACCGAUCUUAAUGAAAUUUACAGUAUUGUUUUACUGUAUCAUAAAGUUUUUCAGGGAGAAAUAUGAAGCUCCUAAGUGUAGCAUAAAUGGUUGAAAAACGUAAAAUACGAAUACUUCUUUUUGUAUGGUUUUUUCGCAAUUAUUGCUAUUUUGCAACUAGGGUUACUAUUUUUUAAAUUUUUAACCAAUUCUAUAUUGUAGUAAAUUGAAUUACGCAACUUUUAUGUCAGUACAACUUUUCUCGGAAAUGAAUACUUUUAAAGUUAUAAUAAAAAAACAAAGAAAAAAAUCGAUUUUUCCUUCAAUUUUUGACAUUUUGAUUAUUUAAACAAUGUUCCGGACCUUUUUGAGAGGGAGGAUAACUUAAAUAUUAUUAUUUGAUUUAUUUUCAAGCAAUUUCUGCAAAAAAAUUUGAGUCACCUCUCAACGUCCAUCUCAAAACAGAUCCGCCCUGGACUAUAACCUUAAUUAUUUAUAGUAUGUUUGAGUAGAUGUGGUAGAUAUUUAUAAUGAAUCAUGUAAUAUACAUACAUAAUUUAUUAAAUAUUUUAACUUUGCACAUUUAAGACGUAAGUGAAGAUUAUAUUGUUAAAUUAUUAUAUUAACACAUUCGCUGCCUAUCGAAGUGGAUGGAACUCGGCUAGGAGCCGUUUUGUUAAAUGGUACCUGACUGAAGUAACCCUAUCACUCGCUGACGCGUCAACGGCAGCGAAUGGGUUAAAUCGAUACACCAGUUCCAAAGAGUAACAAGUCUGAAUUAUAGUGAUUUGGAGUGAAGUAUUGGAAAGUGCUUCAAUAACAAAUAUUUACGAGCUCCAAAGGACAACUCUAUAAGGACGUUCUGUGAAGAUGUCACACAUAUUCUUUUGCCCUUUAGCUCGUCCAAUUUUGAACAUAGGCUUCCCCCAGUUUCCUCCAUUCGCUUCUGUUUGGUGCUUUCUGUUUCCAGUGCGUACCUCCUAUCUUUUUAAUGUCGUCUCCCCAUCUCAUCUGGGGUCGUCCUCUUGACUCUUUUCUGUCCAUGGUCUCCAUUGUUGUAUCGUGAUAUUCCACCUAUUGUCCGUUUGUCUGGCGUUAUGACCUGCGAAGCUCCAUUUUAGCCUGGCUAUAUGUUGUCCUGCGUCUUUGACUUUUGUUUUAUUUCUGACCCAGUUGUUUUGCUUUUUGUCUGUUUUAGUUCCAACAUUGCCCUCUCCAUGGAUCUUUGGGUCUUCAUAUAUUUAUGUUUGCCUUGGUCAAGGUCCAUGUUUGGCAUGCGUAUAUGAGAAUUGGGAGUAUGCACUGGUCAAACACUCUUGUUUUUAAGUAUUGUUGUAUUUUUUUUAUUCUUUAGGACCCAUUUUAAUUUCCCAAAUCCUGCCCAGGCUAAUCUGACCCUUCUUUUUACCUCCCUAUAUGUCACAUAUAUAUUUUGUCAUAAAACGGUAAUUAUUUUAGUUCCAAAGCGUAACAAUUCGAGUUGUUACCCUGUUUUCUCGUAAUUAACGAUUUUGGACUUGUUACAUUUUGGAACUGGUGUAUCGAAAUGAUUAUUUUCAAACUUAUUGGGCAUAUUGAUAUUCAUGGCAUCUAUUGUUUAUUUUGUGGCUAUGAAGUUUGAAAAAUAUUUGUCUCGCCGGAUGUCGCCUUCCUUCAUUCUUCUAUGUAAUGAUCGGUUCUGGCUAGAACAGAAAUCAUUUAAUUGAGAACAAUGUUGGUUACAAUGUAAUUUAGCAAGUUGUUUAACUAUUUUUGUAUAAUAAAAAAAUCUAAUAUUCUUGUA